CAACUGCAGCACCCACUGGACAGCUGGUAAUCUGAAUCUUCAGGACCUGCUCAGCAACCUCCUCUGCAAUUUUUCCAGGAUCUAGGUCCACAGCUGCACCUCCAAGUAACAAAUAGCAACGUAAAAAGGGAUUCAAUUAAAGACAUGUAUCCUGCCACUCAGCAGCUUUCACAGAGUAAAUAAAAGCAGAAGGAUGUCAAUAAAUCAUGACAUUUUACAUCGAGGUUAACUAUUAGAUCUGUUGCUGCUAUAAGUAAGAAACCAUCCAUCACAGCACGUCAUAUCAGCUCCCCAGCUGUCAUGCAGGAUGCGGUGGAUCACUGCUACAGCCGCUGCUGCCAACAUCACUAAAACACCAGGGAUCCUUCAGCAGAGCUGAUGAAAAGUAGUGUUUUCUGCCCGCAGUUCACCAUCCACUCGUUUUGAAGCACUACCUAGAGCUAAAGGCCUCUCGGAACUCUUCCUGUUGGUUUCCUCUUCAAGAGUAGCACUCACACAAACCUGGGAGUGGAGAAACUAACGGCAGCAGGUGUCCUGAGCAGGUCCUAUUGAGUGCACUUAUUUUCCCUUCUUUUUCUGCUUGGCUGCUAAUGGUAUUUUAUCCGAUGUAGCUCAGGUGGCACUGAGCUACAGGGAACUCACGGCUGCCCCUUAGCCAAUGAGCCCCUGGACGCAAAACACUUCCUAAACUCUUUGGCAGGUAUCAAACCUAGAGGACCUCAGCACCACAGAUGUCUGCGAUGAGGUAAUCAGACACAGGGUUUAUGAUCACUCAUAAGCCAGCCUGUAUAAUUUCAAAUAAUUGCAGAGCUGAAGUAGAGGUGACGGAUGUGGAUUGAGCUAUGACUAGGAUAAAUUUCAGCCCAGAAACCCAAGCUUUUUGCACUUAUUUAGAUACAGAUGUACAGAAGAGAUUACUGGAGCUCAGUGUGGCCCUCUGAUUCUCAGGUGGCACUUCUUCCAGGAAUGAGAGCAGCACAAGGGCUGUCCAAGCACACUUCAGAACUACCACGGACCUGCUUCCAGUGUAGGACCACAGAAUUCCCAUAGAUUUGUAAAGGAUCAUAGAAUAGGAUAGAGAUGUUCUAUUCUAUAUGUAGGAUAUUCUCUACAUAGGAAAGGAUGGGCAUUUAAAAAAAAAACAAUAGAUCAUUAAAAGAAAAUAGAUCAUAAAAGGAAAGAAAAUCUAUUUAAAAACAUCUGAAUUCUUCACCUAUCUCAGCUUAAGGAUAAAUGAUGGGUUAUAAUCUACUUCUACAGAUGGGAAAUAAGCCUUGACAUCAAGCUUUCACUGAGGGAGCCUGCAGGGGCCCAUCUCAGCACAGAAGGGCAGCUGGUGCCCGCGCUGCUGCUCCUGAUCUCUGCUCUCCCUUGUCUUUCCUCCUCUCAACACCAACACGCUAUAAAACGAGCACACCACUCCUGCAGUGACAGUGUUUUCAAACACGCUUUCAGCAUCUUCCUUUGCGGUGCUUUGUCCUCUGCCACCUGCUCAGCUGCUGCUUAUCCCCAGCAGUAUGCAGGUCACACACCGAGCGUGCCAGGCGAACCUGGGUCAGAGCAGCAGUUGGAAAAACCUGCUGCCAAAGAUAAGGCGAAAAGAAAGCAUUUGCUCGACCCUGCAGUUCAGUCUGUGAUCUGGAAGAGAUGCAUCAAAACGCUUUUCUAAAUUCCAGUGGCUUUGAGAAGUCUCUCUCUAGGAGGCAAAUCCCACCCUCACCGCUGAGGAACAGAACUGUAAAGUCUGUGCCUGCUUUUUCCUGGAAAGCAGGGAUCUUAGCAUGUGCGUUAAUUCCAGGUGCCAGAGGCUGCUGUGCAUUGUAUUGCAGCUAUGCUUCCUGAGGGCACCUCGCUAACACAAAGAGCCGUUUUGCUGCUGCUGGAUCUGUUACCAACACGUGCUUCCCAGCUGAGGACUCUGGCUUUGACUGAAGGAAGCUGUGUGCCCAGCUCCUUUUGGGGGAAAGGUUGUCUUCUCUUAGAAAACCAACAGCAGGAUCAAAUGUGGGGUAACGCUACUUGAAAAAGGGCUUGUCAGAGCCUUGGCUGGCACGGCAAGACUACAGAGGGCUUUUUCCCUGUGAAGAAUUUUGCUCUACACAGAGUGUCACAACCUAACCUUCCUUAGCUGGACAAACAUGGGACUGAAAACCGCAGAGCACUCAGAAAGCCCAAGUAUGACGAGCAAACUCCACUUCCAGGAUUCCCUAUCACAGGUUUGUGCAAGCAGCAAUCAGAUCCCUACAGCACACUGCUGAACACGUGAACAUGAAGCCCAUUCCAGAGAUAUGGAAACAAACCCCAGGCAGACACUGCGCCUGGACAGAAGGAAGGACAGAGCCUGGGAGCACUGUGUGAGCGGACAUCCUGGGCCAGGCUGCAGGACAGCAGCACAGAGACUGCCCAUCCCUUACAGAUGAGCUGCUGCUGAAUCCAAAGCAGCACAAACCUGAGGACAUAAUGAUAGGAUUUGCACUACCAUUUUGAUAGCACAAUGAAACUAAUUAAAGCUGAUCAUUAACAAUCUUUGCGAGUACGCAAAACAACUUCUUAAGCAGAGACAAUAACCUUUUUAAGGGCCUACACAAUCUAUCAUCCAACAUUCCAUGCUUUCCUUUGUUAAGCUGCUCUUUCUGCAAUUAGUGUCAGCAUCGUCAGAAGUCAAAAUGAAAACGCUCCUCUGCAGGAAGUGCCUCAGAGUAGACCCAUAAAUACUUUUGUAGUGCUUGAAAAGGAAAAACAUGGAGAAUGAAACAGAGGAAAGAGAGUCUCGAAUAGAACCUCAUUUGUAAACCCCACUGGUCAGUGCAUGUUUGCUGGCCUCAUUUCAAAGCUCUUUAUACAUCAAAGGUAAGGUGGGGGUAGGAAGUUCACACCCCCAGCCUUCAAUUCACCCAGGCAGAAUGGGAUUUCCCCAUUUUCCUCUGCCACAUCCACACUCCAAAUCUAUUCUUUCUCCAAUAUUUUUGGCUAUUAGGAAGUAAAUUUAGCUGCUGUUCUAAUUUGUUUCAACUUCUAAGCACUAAUGCCCAAGCAAACAUAUGUUGAACAGGAUGGUUAAGAAUAGUUAAUGAGAGCUUAGUUACUGAUUAGUAAAUGAAAAGUGCAAAUGUGGCAGUUGCCAUAGAUCCUUGCAGCUCCUUGCUGGCACUGAGCCCAGCAGGGCUUAAAAACAGGGCACGGAUUGACAGAAGAAAGGGAGAAAGGAUUUGGAUAUUAGAUAUAAAACUUGCUGUAAAAAUGCAGUUCUGCAUGUGGAUCUUAAUGCAAAUUGCAUGAGCAAGACAAAAUAAUUCUGAAUGCAUUUAUGUAUGCUUUGUGCUGAUAGGAUUAAUGCAAAUAUUACAGUGACACUAUAAAUUCACAACGAAGUGAAUGCCUACAGGCAGCUCCACUUGGUAGCUGUGAACAGAACUGCAUUCUGUUCUAAAUUUGUCAGCAAAGGAAACCAUGGGGAAUAAUCUCUUCACUUGUACCUACCACUGACAUUUCCACGUGGAAAUAGGAACGCCCUUUAUUUCAGCGACAGCCACAGUGCUUAUCAUGCUCUCAUCAAGGAAAACAGAAAGAACACAAAAGAGAGCUAAUGGCCAUUAUUAAGCCCUAAUGUUAACAGAAACUAACUGUAAUACGUCUUCCCCGUGCGCCAUGAUUACAAUAUCCACCCCUGUCAACUCUUGCCUCAUUUUCCUUCCCACCCCUCAUCUAGGAAGGAAAAGAAGCCCCAAGAACAGCACAACUGAAGGGCUGCUACUGUUUUCAGUCCAGUAGUGGGCGGAAAGAACUAACUUCAUAAAAGAUUUUUGAGUUUGAAGACUGUUUUCUGGGUGAGCUGACCCAUACAGCACUUAGUGAAGAGUUUUUCCUUCUGUGCAAUCUGCACCUCCCCAGAGCUGAAUGUGGCUGCUUGUAUCACAACUGAGGUGAGAUUUUCCUUAUAUUUGCAAAAAUUUUUAAAAGAAGAAAAACAAAACUGCUGUUGGAUAUCAGGAAACACUUCUUUACAGAAGGGUUGUUAAGCACUGGAAUGGGCUCCCCAGGCAGGAGGUUGAGUGACCGUCCCCAGAUGUGUUUAAAAACCAUUUGGAUGUGGUGCUCAGGAACGUGAUUUAGUGGAGGGAUAUUAGUUGGGGUAGGAUGGUUGGUUGUGGAUGGACUCAGUGAUCUUGAAGGUCUUUUCCAACCUGAGCAAUUGUAUGAUUCCAUGUUAGCAAGGGCUGUCCUCUACAAAGUCAUGGCCCAACUUCAGAUUAGCAUCUCCAAAUAAAGCCUUGGGAAGAUACUUCAAAGAAGAAAAAGAACAGUGUGAUCCCUCCUUUUAUCAUUCCCACAAACUCCAACUAUUUCAGCUGAAAUCCCUCCCUCACCCUACCACCCAAAUCCACCUAAAAAAAUGUGCACUUGGUGUAUCAAGAAACAAGCACUCCUCACUAGCUGGAGUUGUGCGGCUCAGCAGCACCACACGCUGCAGGAUCUCAUGCAGAAAUCCUCCAGGUUGAAUAAUGAAUCUUUCUUUUACUUCCUUGACUGUGAUUGAGAACAGCUAUAAAACAGCUCAGAUUUUUAUGUGUUUAUAAGUAUAUAGGAUAACAUUUAUACAUCCUAAUUCAAAUCCUAUAGUCCCUUCUAGUUUCAACCAUCAUAUUUCUUCCCAUGAACGGUUACACACCUGUUAUUAAAGCUGAUGACACACCAAACAAAGCAAAGCUACACCAAAGUGUAGCUAUAAAACUUUUAUGAGAAGCCAUGAUACAAUACAGGAUCUGUGUGGCUCAUUUAUAACCUGAGGAAUUAGGCUGAUGAUAGAUGUCUGUUUUACCCAACAUUAUUUGUGUAUAAAGCACUUGCACUGAGUUUUUAAAAUUACACCGGUGUAUAAUCAGAACAACCUGUAGAGAAGGAGUGAAUGAAAUGCUGCACAAAUGACAAAGGCAAGGACGGAGAGGUCAGGUGAGUUACAGCCACACAACGUCUGAGUCAAAAGAUCCCUUUUCUACAGGCAAUAGCACUGAACACAUCCACCAGCCCAUGUUCACUACUGACCAUCAUUGACUUUGUACAAAGUUAAAAGAACUUCAGAGGAUGCUUUUACAUGGAUGAUUUUGCCUGAGUAAGAGAGAUGGAUUUCAUUGUCAUUUGUCACUGGCUCCCAGGGGUCAGGGACAGCAGUUUUGCUUGCUUGCUUCAGGCAGCAGGCCAGCAGUGGGUGUUUGAGGCUCAUCUCACUAACUUCAAAAUGAACAACCUGCAUACAGCGUGUUUAAGUAAAAGUCAGAACCCAUCUUCCUUAUAAUGAUGGGGGAACAGGUUAUUUGGGAUAGGCAGGGCUAUUCCAAGCAGCCUGUAGCUUCUCAUUUUACCAAACAAAAAUAACUGUCAAAAAGGUAAAAAUUUGUAUCUGUUGUUCUCUUCUUCCUCUAUAAUGUACCCCAAGCAGCUGAGCACCACUGUUACUCGUGGGACCUGAAACACAGUCUUACACAAUUCCCAUCAGGAGGCCCUUCCUCCCCUCAGCAGAACAGCACACCUACAGCAAACAAAAUCAUUCUGGCCCAUCACCUCUCAUUCCCCCAACCCAUGCUUGCUGCCAGGCACUAUGGCACAGGACACUGUCAUCUUUAGCAACAUAAAAAUUAUCUGUGUAGUUUGUCAGCCUGCAGGCUUCUACACUGCCUUUAUGGAUUAAAGAUCUGUGCUCCUCUUAAUAUAUACAGAUAUUCCUUUUCAUAGUAACAAACACUGACAUCACAUAUUUAAUGUUCCUGCUACAGAUAAAAAAUCUUUAACAUGUCGACCAUGUUAAUAGCAGCACACAACGUUCUACAAAUGCUCCUAUACUGCCUUGACAUAAUCAGCCACCGCAGAAUAAAGGCACAACCAUAACUCAUUUAACCGCCUCCCAGUGACACACCAGGUAUCCUCAAGCUUAGAGUUCGUCUCAGAACGUUAAUCUCAUAACAAACAACUUUAAGGUGGAUAAAUGAUUGUACAAUGAAACAGCGAACGAAAGUCAGCGCUUCUCAACACCUACCCAAGGGCUUCCUUUCCAUUUUAGCCACUGCAAUCUGUAGAUUAAGAGUGCGGCCUUUGAAGAUCCCCAUUUGGGAAAUGUUACCGCAGUUUCAGUAAUAACGCACUUUACAAAGAAAAGCUUCAGUCUGCAGGGUUCUGAAGAUUCCACAGUACAGUAUGGCACCCACUCAGUAUUUCUCCCAGUCUCUGCUCACCAUGGCCUGAAGCAGGCAUGAUCUCACCUGUCAUGGAGAGCUGCUGCAAUACUUACUGGGCUUUCACUUUGUUUUGUAGAAAAACGGACAAAAAAACCCCCAACCUUGCAGCUCAGGGACAGCGGUGCUGCACAAAAGUCACUCAUCUCACGGAUGAAUUGAAAAGAUGAAAUCUGGCUGCAAAAUGGAGAAGCACACACCCAAUCCUUCUCAAGUAAUCCCAGCUAAAUCUUUUCUUUGAACGCUGCAUGAUGAAGAAGAAAAUAAGAUCACAACUGGAGAUGUCAAAUAAGUUCCUUCCUGUAUCUGAAGAAGUUCUUCAUUAUCACUGACUUCCUGGAGGUGACUAAAAGCCCUCUCUUCUAAGGCCACCUUGCUGCAAUCAGCUGGUGCAGACACAGCACACAACAGAAGCAGCUAGGGACCCAGUCCCUCGAGUUAAGAAAGCAGAUUAAAAUCCCUUCUAGAAAUAUCCCUGUGCACCUCUCUCCUCCUUUGCUUCUUCCAUCAUUCUCUCAUCUCCGUAUCACCUGCAACAAGUGCACAACUUCAGAGUUUGGUCACCCUCAACAACAGCUAAAAACCCUGCCGUGUUUCCAACACUCUUUCUGUUUCCCCAAAAGCCAAAAGAGAGCACCAGAUGCCAAGAAGGAAAACUCAACUGGCACAGUGCACUGAGGUAAGGGGAGCGCUGCAGGGCCGGGCGGUGGGCACAGCGCUGCCCACUACGGGGUCGCUGGGGAGCCCCAGAGCCGGGACAGGGGGCCCGGGCUCCGCACACCAAGCCAGGGCCCGCUGCACCGUCCCAUCCCUUCCCAUCCUGCUGUGCACUAAGGCGCUGCUGAAGGAGGAGCCCGCCGAGUGCCCGGACGUGGAGUUGCGGCAGCAGGCCAUCAGCGCCAUCGCCGCCAUGAGGUACCGCCCCAGCCCAGCUUCGGCCAACGUGGUAGCACUGGUCCCGGCCGGGGGCCGUGAGCAGAGCAUCACGCCUCUGCCCUCUCUCCCUUGCAGCAAAGCGCAGCUGCUUCCAGAGGAGGAGAACAAGAAUCUCCUGCGCGCCUGCAUCAGUAGCGUCCUCCACCUGCCAGGCCGUGAGGAUGAUACGGACUGGGAGGUGCGCACGGCCUGAGCCCCGGGAACGCUUCCUGGGCACCAACCGCCCGGGAUGCCGCUCUGCUGCCAGCAGGAUGCAGCAGGGACGGCCGCCCUGACCCCUGUCCUCCUUGCAGAUCAUGGAAGCCCUGCACCGCCUGCUGCAGGGGCUGUUGGGCAGCACCGGCUCCACUGUCCUCAAGGAGCUGCAGAACAUCUUGGAGGUCUGGCUGCGUGGCAAGGCUGGGAGUUGCGGGGACGGUUUCAGGCCGUGAAGGGGUAUCCACGCGAGGUCCCCCCACGGCCUGCUGCGGGCAGGGGGUGCUGGCCCGAGGCCGGCCCUUGUGGGGUCAGAGGGAUGGGUGGGGAGCAGCAGGAAGGCGGCAGGGCCGCAGCAGGACAGGGACGCAAACACCCAGCCCCACUGCAGCUGGGGAGCGAGCGGAAAGACGAGCGCCCCGUGCCGGGGGCCAACCAGCUGCUUUUCUCUCCACAGCUCCUGCUGCCCUUCACCAUGUGCCAGCAGGCCACCGUGGAGGAGAGGGCCGUGGCGUGCAUUGGCAGGCUGCUCGCCUUCACCAACUCCUGCUCCUCGCCCAAGGUAGGAGCCCUGGUGCUCACAGCUUCGGGGACCGCGUCCUGGCUCCCCAGCCGGAGCCCACCUGUCUCACCUGCCUCCAGGCUUGCGCACAGCCUGGGCUGGGCCCCGCUGCCCCGCUCAGCCGUGCGCCCCCGCUGUCUCUCUCCCCAGCCGUGCUCCUGCUUCAUGGAAAUCGCGGCCUUCCAGCACAAGUGCCAGGAGAACCAACGUUUCCCUAUACUGGGGAAGCUGGCCGGGCACCUCAUCCUCUCCUGCACCUCCACGGAUGAGAGGACGAGAGACGAGGCGAUGAAGGCUGUCCGUCAGCUUUUCACCCUCAUCCCCAUACCAAGAUGGUCGCUGGAGCAGCAGAGGCCCAAGGUGCCACGGCUCUGGGAGAGCCAGCUAGCUUUGCUCCACCAGGAGGCUUCCCACGACAACAGAGCCAUUAAGAUCUUUCAGGUCCUUCUGAAAUACCUGGCGUACCCUGAAACGGUCAACAUAUUACUUUGCACCAUCGAGAGCAUGACAGCGCCAAGCCUCCACAGCACCGAGCUGGCUGCCCACAUGGUGGAUGUGCUCGCUGCAAAGACUUGCUUCCCUCCACGGCAGGUGUGGAAGAUCAUGAAGACCAUCUACAACAGCCUGCCGUCCAUCAGAGACAGGGCAGCUCGCAAGAGCCUGGGCAGGGCCCUGCUCGUGCUGGCCAGCAAAUUCCCCAAGCAGAUGGUCAGCAGCCUGCUGGUCUGCUCCCCCACCUGCACCAGGUACGGGGCCCACGGCCCUCAGGGCUCCCUUCCCCUCCCCUCCCCUCGCCACCCCACGGCUGUCAGCCAGGCGAGGGCAGCCAUGCUGACAGCCCUGGGGACCUGCAGGGCCGCUGUCACCAUGUGGAGGGAAAUGCUCUCAAAGCCCCCGGUCAUGGAGAAGGUGCUGCAGGAGCUGCUCCAAGUGCUGAUAAACCAUUCUGAGCACCACGCGUCACCGUUCAUGAGGGACAGGCCACGUGUCCUUGCCCUGGCCGCUGCAAGGACCCUACCGGAGAUACUCCAGCUGCCUCUGGUCCUGAAGAAGGCCCGGGCCAUCUUCCCAAAGCUCUUCCUGGCCCUCCUCCUGCAAGUGUCCUUCACCACCAAGCUGACACAGCAGGAGGUGGAGAUCUUCUGGGAGGCGCACCAGCAGAACCCGCUCACUCCCAUCAGGUGCCGCAUCCCCGCCCCCCGCUGCACCAGGACCCGGUGCUGGGGCUCCCGAUGCGACUCGCACCCUUCUCCACCUGCAGGUCCGCGGUGCAGGCCAUGAAGG